GCCACGGCCGGCGGAAGCCGAGGGUGGCGGGGCCGGAUGCGACGUGGGCGGCGGAGCGGAGCGGGCCGGGCCGUGCCGUGCCGAGCCGAGCCGUGUCGGGCCGGGCCGUGCCAUGGAGGCUCUCUACCACCAGACCAACAAACAAGUCCAUGAAGUCCAAUCUUACAUGGGACGUCUGGAAACUUCAGACAAACAGUCAGUACACUUAGUAGAAAAUGAGAUUCAAGCAAGAAUAGACAAUAUAUUCAGUAACUUGGAACGUCUAGAAAUCCUGUCCAGUAAAGAACCUCCCAAUAAGCGACAAAAUGCUAAACUCCGAGUUGACCAGCUGAAGUAUGAUGUUCAGCAUCUGCAGACAGCUCUGAGGAACUUUCAACAUCGCCGUUACAUCCGGGAGCAGCAGGAACGACAGCGAGAAGAGUUACUAGCACGUACAUUCACUACUAAUGACUCUGACACCACCAUACCGAUCGACGAAACAUUACAGUUUAAUGAAUCCCUGCAGAAUGCCCAUCGUGGCAUGGAUGAUCUUAUUGGCAGUGGGACCAACAUCCUUCAGGGGCUGAGGGACCAGAGAGUGACAUUAAAGGGUACUCACAAGAAGAUCCUGGAUGUUGCCAACAUGUUGGGCUUAUCCAAUACUGUAAUGCGGCUGAUUGAGAAGCGAGCCUUUCAAGAUAAAUACUUUAUGAUUGGGGGAAUGAUUUUGACUUGUGUAAUUAUGUUUCUCGUCGUGCAGUAUCUGACAUGAGCUACUAAGCUGUUGCCAGAGGAUAUCGUCUUUUGGAGCAAGAUGGACUGCCCUCCAAAAUGUACUUUCCUCUGAGUGCUGCUUUGGAUGAGCCCCUCCUGAGGACUUCAGAGUUUACAAAUCACACUCAGACACGUCAUGCGGAAAGCACAUAGGGGAACAAAUUUCUUUGGAGACACUGUAGUUUAAAAUGACCCUAUAAAAAUAUCCUUAGCCAUUACUACUCUCAUCUUACUGUCUGUAAGUUUAAGAAUCCAGUUAAGUAGGAGGCAGAAGUGAAAUUUUUGCCUGGCUGUUAUGCAAGUCAGGAGUGUUGGGUAGAUAGGGGAGAAGAGGAUGCAAAGGUACAACAUAAGAUGAAGUGAGCCUUUCCUGUGAUAGCUAGAAAUGACCUCGGUAAGUGUAUUUUCUGUUGAAAAAAUGCUACUGUGGAGAAUUCUGUGCUGUUUGUGGGCACGCUCCUACAGACUGUGCAAAAAGAGGAAGUGAAGGGUUCCCAUUUGCAAAUGCGCUCUUCUGCUUGGAGGGAGAAAGACCUGUGGGGAAGGGUCUUAACUCUAAAAGCAUGGUCAUAACCUCUGCUACUUUUUGGUAUACCCAUACGGUUUUACCUAGCAAUCUUCAGUUAAGACUGAAAUGCUUCUCAUCUUAUUUGAAAUAAGUUUUGCUAUCUUUUGGUAUCUUUUUAUGUCCUGCUGCUUCCCAGUGGAAGCUGAAUGCUGUACUCCUCCCUGCUUCCAGUCAGGUUGAAUUUGAGUACCAAAUUCAACCUCCAAAAGAACCGGGCAAUACCAAAUUCAACCUCCAAAAAACUGGGAGCAUUUUUGGUGCUAGUGCACAUCGUGUUGUGGUGAAUUGUAUUCAUUAGCUGAGGUGGUUGGUUGGGGUUUUCUGAUCCAUAGCUGGUAUUUUUGAAUUCAAUGAAGCAGGCAAGUUCUUGCUUUGUUCAAACUGAAACUUGUGAUAUUUGUGUUUAUAGAGCUGGAAUGGGCUCAAAAAAACAAACAAACAAAAAAAAACAACAACAACAUUCAAAAUACAUUCAAAAUAGCAGUGUGAUCAUCAGAAGAGUUUCCUUAACUUAGUGCCUUGGGAUGGUAAACAUGUCCCUUGUCCUUGGGAAGGAUAUUUGCAUUAUCCUCUCUACCUGUGAAUUUACUGUGAAGGACAUUCUCAUACAAAUCAUCUCACAGAGAUGAUAGCUUAGAUUUUGUAUCUUCUUGGCUGUAGAUAUUUAUCCAUUUAAACAUACACAGUUAAGAAAUGCCUCCUAUGAUACUAAUUUCCCUGAAGACUGGGGAUUCUGUUGGAAAGGCCAUCGUGAAGUUUCAAACAGCCUUCCAUUACAAACAUCAUCCAUUCCAGUCAGCCUUCAGAUACGUUCUCAUUUUGCGUACAAGUCAGGAGCAUUUCCAAAAGUCUGACAGUGUCAUGUUCAGAUAAUGUGGCAUUCUGUUGGGUGUUCAUUUUUUUUUUUUUCUGUCUGGAAUGGUUAUGGGUCUUUUAAUUAAUAACAGUUUACAAAUCCUGCGUUUCUUUGCUCCAGUAAGUUUUGCUUUUAUAAUUACAUAGCUUGUUGCAGACUUUUUUUUUCCUUUCAGUUAUUAAUACAAUUUCUUCAAUUUCAGCUAAUAUGGGCAAGUUAAACAGGCUUCAGCAGUGCUUGUUUACGUUUGCAUGUUUAAAGUAUUGACUGAUCCAUGUGCUGUGGCAUAACUUUAAAGCCCAGAAUGAGACUCCCCCAGUUUGAUCAGCUGUCACUGUCCAGUCAGCUUCGUAUUUGGAAUCCAGGGCAAGUAAAAUGUCAGUAGUCAGAGCAGUAGCUGCUGCCCUGCAGACACAACAAUGGAAGAGGCCAAGAUGCCAUCAGUGCCUAGACAAUCCUGUCAGGUGGCUCAGCAGAAGAAAGCAGAAAAGUGUCAGUGGUUGUUGAUUAUCCUGUGUGCUGCACACCUGGCUGGCCAUUUUGUUAAUGUGUUUGAUGUUUCCUAAGUGUUUAAAGCUCUUUGUGUUCUUCAGUCUGCUGCACUUUCUCAAGAAAACAUGUUAGCAGACCACGUGCAGAAUCACUUUGCAUGUCAGCCACAAGGACUAAGGAAUCAGAAAGUUGGUAAUGAGAGAUCAUGUGGCUUACUGUAUCUUUAAUCUAAAUUUACCUUGAAUUUAUUUUAAAUCUGAAAUUUAUCGUGAUAGAUUUUAGCACAGAAUGCACUUGUUAAAUCAUUUUCUAUUAGAUCAGUUGGGCACCUUGUAGAGGAUCCCUGGCAAAUCUUCUGUCCUGAUCCAACUCCACCUUGGUUUUACAACUUUAUUGUUUAAAGUUUAUAUAGUUGUGACUUGGUGUAGCAGGAAUCUUCUUAUACCAAGGUAAGGACUCUAGUCAAUUUGUUUUCUUCUUUUCAGCUUGUGGUAUGAGCCAUAAAAUAAAAUUAAUGGAACUGGAUUUUCUCUGUUUUGGGACUAGACUAACAUUUUUAUUAAUGUUUCUCUGUCCAUUAAUUUUUGUCCUUUUAGAGUCUCCCUGUGUAGGCUAAUUUCCCUGUUGUAUGCAAUGUCCUUGCUAUUCACUAUCUGUAGUUGGAAUGUGGGCUUGAAGGGAAGCACUUAGAUGACUGGAUUUGAUGAUGUGUAACUUCAAACAAAUUUGUACUAGAUAUUAAGUCCAAAAUAACUUGUAAGAGCACCUGUGCCAUCUCAGAUGGCUAAUGUAAAACCCUCAAAACUUCUGUCAUUAGUGUGGCACAGUAAAAGUUCAGGUAGGAUCAACAUCCCUGCUACCAUGGAAUGACGUAGCUGAAACCCUGGUGGCUUGUCACAUGUUGCUGCUGCAGCUGCUGUCUCUGAAGUUUCCUUUCUUAAGACUGCUUCUUUCAGUGGAGCUGUUUGCCUGUGAACUUCUGUGGAACAGCAAGUGUUCCAGCUGUCAAAUGGAAUGCUCUCAUGAGAGGGCACUGUGGAAACUAACUAGUCUGGAAAAAAGACACUUUUAACCAGUAUUUUAUAUAUAAUGGGACAAGGGUGAGACAUAAUGUGAUUCAUCUGUUGUGUUAUGUAAAUAAAGAUUUUUUCAACCAGA